AUGUAUCACGACUGGGUGCGACGAAGUGUAGACUUGAUUGGCAGGCCAGCCGUUACUAAGGUCGCCCCAAACCACCUCGUAUUAAGGAGAACCACAUCUAACUUACAGCGUUUCGGCGACUGCGAUAGGGAAGAAAUGAAAUAUGAAAUUUUCACUGACAACAUUGACUUGCAGAAUAACGGCAAACUAGUAUACAACCUAACCAUACUGUCAGGCUUUGAAUACUCGUGUAUAAUCUUCAAAGCUUCAAGCGGUGACGACCCGGCAAAUGCUGUACCUAUUGUGAAACUUCGGAGGUGGUGCACCGGAUCAGCCGGACUCUGCAUGGGUGGCUUCCAAUACCUGGAGAUCCACUUCUUCGUGGAAAUAAAAUUCUUCACAAGCGUAGACUUGCGCGUUGUACCGUGGCCCGGUACUGAAUACGACAACAACGACAACGACGAUGACGACGGCGGCAACGACGACGAUGACGAUGACGACGACGACGACGACGACGACGACGAGACCCGACGCGAUACGACGAAACCGACGCCCAAGACGAAACCGCCGACGCCAAAUUUUGACGACAAAAAUGUAGUCUUAUAA